AUGUCUGAGCAGCACACACUGCCAGUGACCCUCCCUGCCACCCUCGGUCAACAACCCCUCCAGACUGUUUCUCCUCCCGUCUGUACCCAAGAGGAGCAAGUGAAGCAGCCAACUCCACUGCCUGCCCCGUGCCAGAAGGUGCCCUCUGAGCUCCCAGUGGAGGUCCCCUUGGAGCAGGAAGAGAAACACACUACUCUUGUGAAGGGGGUGCCUGAGCCCGAGCCCCAGCAGCAGCAGCAGGAACAGCCCCAGAAACUGCAGGAGCCACAGGAGCAGGAACAGCACCAGGAACAGCAGCAGCAACAGGAACCUCAGGAGCGAGAACAGCAGCACCAAGAACAAUGUCAGAAACAUCAGGAGGCGGAAAACCUAGAGCAGCAACUAGAGCCAGAGAAAGCACAAAAGGAGCAGCAGCCGAAGGAGCAGCUGGAACAAGAGAAGAAGCUCUUGGACCAGCAAGUGGAUCAAGAGCUAGCGAAGAAAGAUGAGCAACUGGAAAGGAAAGAAGAGCAGCUUGUGGAGCACCUGGGGCACCAGGAGAAGCGGCCAGAGCCAUCAGUGCAGCAGGAGGAGCAGCCUGUGCUUGACCCAGCUCCUGAUCAGGACCAAGUCCAAGAGAUCCAGCCAGUCCAGCCCCCAACGGGAGAGAUCUUGCUCCCUACAGAGCAACAGCAGCAGAAGCAGGAGGUGGAGUGUCCCCUCGAACACAAGUAA